AGGUUUCAGAUGCGGAAGUACAACUUUUCUCACAAAACGAGUCCAGCAGCUUCAGUAGCGCGUUUGUACGGUGUUUCAUUUAAAAUGAGUUCUUACAAACACUGACUGAAGGCGGGAUCGAACACACGACUAGCCGUCACGUGAUCUCGCAUUUACUUGAAACCUUCCGGAAGUGACGCAGCGUUUCCUGCCAGCUGAGUAGAACGACACAGAAGAGGAAGAAAGCUGUGUUAGCAUUGGCGGAGCGACCAACCGGUACCUGCGGUUCCUACGUCAUAACCACCGUGUGAUGCAGCGGCCAUGUCGCUGCAGGUGACACUCCUACAGAGGAUUGGCUCCGCCCAGACGCUGCUGCAGCGGGCGGAGCUUCUCUGUCCAGGUGUGGAGGGCCAUCAGAAGCUGGUGGGCAAGCUGCGUGCCGAGCUGCGCUUCCUGCGGCGGGUGGAGGCGGGACAGCUGCAGGUGAAGGAGUCCCACCUGCACAGUACCAACCUCACCCACCUGACCGCCAUCGUUGACACUGCGCAGAGUCUGGAGGACGUGGUGGCCUUGCUGCAUGUCUUUGCCUACCAGGAUGCCGCAGGCCGCCGCCACACACUGGUAGUGGACGUGGUGGCCAACGGGGGCCACACCUGGGUGAAGGCGGUGGGCCGGAAGGCGGAGGCACUGCACAAUAUCUGGCAGGGGCGAGGCCAGUAUGGGGACAAGAGCAUCAUCCGGCAAGCUGAGGACUUCCUGCAUGCCAGCCGCCAGCAGCCCGUCCAGUACCAAAACCCCCACGUCUUCUUUGCCUUCUACAACGGUAUCUCCGCCCCCAUGGCUGCCCACCUGCGGGACAUGGGCGUGUCUGUCCGUGGAGAUAUUGUGGCUGUCAACACCUUGGUGGCAGACGAGGAGGAAGAAGAGGAGAAAGAGGAGGUGCCAGCUGAGGAAGACUUGUCAGAGGCGACCCAGGUGGACCGCGGCACUGUGGUGGCCAGCCUGGCAUUCCCGGGACCGCUGCAGGUGGAGGAGUGUGGGCGGGUGAACCUGGACAUCACCACACUCAUCACAUACGUGUCAUCGCUGAGUCACGGCCACUGCCACCUCUCCUUCCGGGAACCGGUCCUGACAGAGCAAGCGACUCAGGAGCGCCGGCAGCCGGUGCUGCCACAGCUCCACGCCUUCAUGGAGGGCAAGGAGCUAUUUGCCUGCCGCGCCGCUGUCCACGACUUUCAGACCAUCUUGGACACGCUGGGCGGGCCGGGCGAGAAGGAGCGCGCUCAGAAGCUACUGGCUCGCCUCCGCCUGGUGGACGACCAGCCAUCGGAGCGCACGCUGCGCCUCACGGCCAGCGCCAAGAUCAACCAACGCUCGCUCAUGAUUUUCGGCACUGGAGACACGCUGAAAGCCGUUACCAUGACAGCAAACAGCCGUUUCGUCAGGGCGGCGGCCAAUCAAGGCAUUCAUUACAGCGUGUUCAUUCACCAGCCGAGAGCCCUGACAGAGGGAAAGGAGUGGAGGGCCGUACCUGUCUGACCAAUCAGCUGAGAACUCUGAGAGCAGGGUCUGAUGGGAGCUGAAGUCCUGUUUGUCUUUUUUCUCAUCUGACAUUAAAGGCCAAUAAAAUUUCUGAAGCA